CGAUUUGAGUGGGCCAUGCCAGUGACAUUUCGUGGCUCAAGUGUGCGAAUUCGAGGUUAUGUUUAUUGAUAAUUAGUGCUUCGCCCCUGAUGCCCUACGGUUGCCGCGAUGUCGUCGUCUCGAAAAUGCAAGAGUUGCGGCAGCUCGGACAUCGAGGUGGACCCCGCGCGCGGGGACGCCGUUUGCACAAACUGCGGUUCGGUGCUCGAGGUCAAUAUCAUAGUUGCGGAGGUGCAGUUCGAGGAAGGGGCCCAUGGCACGAACAGCGCGAUCGGGCAGUUCGUUUCGGCGGACUCCAAAGGGGGUGCCACCAAAUUCGGGGCCUCGUUUCAUGUGGGGGCCGGGGUCGAGUCCCGGGAGAUGACCCUGAGGAAGGCCCGGAAUGGCAUCACGCAGCUGUGCAACCAGCUGCAGUUGAACCAGCACUGUAUUGACACCGCGUGUAAUUUUUUUAAAAUGGCACUGAAUCGGAACCUGACCAAGGGGCGCAAGAACACGCACGUGCAUGCGGCCUGCGUGUAUCUUACGUGCCGGACGGAGGGCACAGCCCAUCUUUUGAUAGAUAUUAGUGACGUACUACAAAUUUGCUGUUACGAGUUGGGGAGGACCUACCUCAAGUUGUCUCAAGCCUUGUCAAUCAACAUACCUGCUGUCGACCCUUGCCUCUAUAUUUUACGCUUCGCUGCUAAACUGGAAUUCGGCUCGAAAACACAACAGGUCGCCAACACCGCCCUCAGACUCGUACAAAGAAUGAAAAGGGACUCGAUACAUUCGGGACGACGUCCUUCAGGACUCUGCGGGGCAGCCCUUCUCAUCGCAGCAAGAUUGCACGAAUUCGGGCGCUCCGCCAGCGAUAUCGUCAAAAUCGUCAAAGUGCACGAGUCCACCUUGAGGAAAAGACUGAUCGAGUUCGGGGACACCCCGAGCAGCGCCCUCACGCUGGAGGAGUUCAUGACGGUGGACCUGGAGGAGGAGCAGGACCCGCCGUCGUUUAAAGCGGCUCGAAAAAAGGACAAAGAGCGCCUUCAGAGGUUGAUGGAAGAGGAAGCCGAGAGUAUAACUGAGCUCCAGCAGGAGAUUGAGAUGCAGUUGAAUAGAGAUGCGAAAAUGAAAUCGAGAAAAAAGAAGGAGAGGGACACGGAGGAGAUACAGGAGACCAAUCGGUUUAUUCGGGAGUCGACGAUGGGGACCAUCAAUCAGAUUAUUCAAGAGGAGGCGAUCGAGGAUCCAGAAAUCGCGAAAGAACCGGUCAAGGAGUUGGGUCCUGAUAUUGCCAGCAUGGGUCUGGCUAGCUCUCUCGAGGACACUUCGAACGCAGUGCAGCCCCCGCAGCCGCUGGACGUGGACAUGACCUUCGACGACAUCGACGACGAAGAAUUAGAUUCGUACAUUAUGAGCGAGCACGAAUCGCAAAACAAGAACGCUAUUUGGCUGAAGCGAAACGCUGCCUUUUUGGAAGAACAAAAAAUCAAGGCGGAAAAACUGCAAAAGGAGCGCGAAGAAGGCAAACCCGAAAAGAAGAAACGCAGAAACGUGAGACGCAAACCGAUCGGACCCACGAAUUCCGCCGGGGAAGCGAUCGAGAAGAUUUUACAGGAGAAGAAAAUCUCUUCGAAGAUUAACUACGACGUUUUGAAGAGUUUGAAUGCGUCGUUGAAGAGCGGCGAGGACGAAACGGCCGCCAAGAAGCCGCGCUUGGAAACCACCGAAAAGCCACAAAACAUCAAAAUUUUGGGCCGGAACAAAAAAGUCGACGUUGGAUUACCGGUGGUUGAGGAGCCAAAACCGGAGAAAAAAGACGAGGCGCCAGAGGAAGAAGAGUUGGACGAAGACUACGAAGAAGAGGAGAAUCCGGUUGAAGAAACGGUGAAGGAAAACGGAUUGUUGGAAAUGUUGCGGCAGCACCGAGAAGACGGGGAGGAAGAGCAGGAAUACUUCGGUUAUGAAGAAGAGGACUACUGACCUUUGUUGCUUGUUGUGAUUUAUUUAUACACUUUUUGUAUCUAACAUAUUGAAUAAAACUCAAUCAGUAA